UGGGUCCGCAGAUGCAGCCAAUCAGUCCGUUGAUGAUCUGAAUGGCACAGAGCAUCACCUGCAGGGAGCUGACGGCCAUCAGAGUCAGGAACAGUCCGAUGUUGAACCUCACCACGUUGGGCGGCUCAGUGCACUCGGUCCAGGAGCUGGAGUUGGUCAGGGAUCGUCCAGUCGUCCCCGACUUUGCAGAAGGGCCCGUCUCUCAGACCAAUUGCUGCCACGCUGAAGCUGUAGAGGGCGCCGAACACACCCACUGCAGCGAAGAAAAUCGAGAGCAACAUCUGCAGAAGUUUUAACGAGGAGUGAAGCAACACUCCUCUGGCUGCAGCAGCUGAUCCACGAUGUCUCUCUUCAGAGAGUUCCUGCUGACUUUUGUAAUGCCCCACAGAUGCUACGAGGAGAUUUUCGUCAACUUCCAUUUGAGCGUGUCGUGUUUUCGGCAUGUGCUGAAAAAGGCUGCAGGAUUCUGGAUAUUACUGGACACGCUCCUGGCACCGUUGCCUCAGCUGCUGAAGAUAGUGUGGAGAGGAAGUGCAGACGGCCUUAGUCUUCCCUCCGUCCUGCUGCAGCUUUAUUCUCUGUCGUGUCCUGUUGUGUACGCCGUGGCCAACAACUACCCUCUCUUUGCCUGGGCUGAGAGGAUCUUCACGCUGGCCCAGCUCUCUGUGAUUGCCUUCCUCAUCCUGCGUUAUCGUGGUGAUACUCUAAAAGGAGUGCUGUUCCUCUUGGCGUACAAUGGUCUGAUGUUCCUCCUGGGCUCCUAUGCUCCUAUAGCACUCGUCUCAGGGAUGCAGUCCUCCAGUUUGAUAUCUUUAAUCGCAAGCAAGGUUCUCCAGGCUGGAACUAACUACUACAAUGGCCACACAGGCCAACUGUCCACUCUGUUUGUGUUACUGACGUGGGCAGGGUCUCUGGGUGUUUUCUUUUUCUCGCUCCAGGAGACCGGAUAUACACUGGCUACUUUGUCCUACACACUGUCAGCAUGUGCCAGCUGCGUCGUCCUGGCCCAAGUCCUCUGCCACAGGAGCAGCAGCACCGCCGCUAAAAAAGAAGAGUGAGUAGAGGUGGAGGAGGGUGACGAAUCAGCUCACCUGCAGAACCACUCUGUCGGUUUAAGAACUUUUUUGUUAUUCUGUUCCAGAUGUUGGCGCGGAAGUAGCCGUUAACGUUUACAUACUUACAUACUUUAUGUUCUGAUAUACAUUAAAGGUCUGAAUAUAAUGUGCUCUGCCACAAGAUGUCGCUCUUAGACCAGGGCAAAACAUCGCCCCACACCUCUCCUCUGAGCAGGGUGUUGUCUAAGCAAUCUAAAGGUGUCCAGUGAAAGGUCCCUUUAAUACAUAACCCCAGACACAACUUAAUAAGGUUUUACCCUGUUUAAUGAGAGCUAAUAACAAAAAAAAUCCAUCGGUUAACCCACAGGUUAGUGCUUCUCCUGUCAGUGUCUGAGGACGUGUGUUUUUAAGAGCAGUCUGCUCUCAGUGGGUCUUGCAUGGUGGCCAGCAGGUAGUCGGCAUGGUUAGUUUAAGAUAGCCGUGCUGUGCUGUGUGUAGCCAAUAGACUGUGUAGCCUAUAAAAUCAAGGUGAAGCCACAGUUAUGAUGUUUGAAUAUUGAAUAUGUGUGUCUGAGACCUCACAUUGUCCUGCUUAUUGCAAGCAAAUCGUUUGCUGCCAUCUAGUGAUUUAAAUCAGAAUGACUUCACUCUCAGGGGAAACUAAAUCCGAUGGAAGCAACGUGUGACUGUUAAAAUAAAAUUCAUGUUAAUUUUC